AUGAAUCAUGAUGAAAAUAGAGAUGCUUAUAUACAGUUAGGUAAAUUAUUAAAUCAGAAACAUUCAGAUCAGUUAUCUACUCAGUUACAAGUCUUUCAAAAUGCUUUAAUUAAUUUUGCUAUUGAACAUGGAGAUGAAAUUAAACUGAAUUCAGAAUUUAAAUUAAAAUUUACAAAGAUAUGUCAACUGAUAAAUAUAGAUCCAUUAGAUUUAUUAAUUUAUACAAAUUCAACGCAAAAGAAGAGGAGUCAAAACUUUUAUAUUGGCUUAUCUGUCAAAAUUAUUGAAAUUUGUCAAUCCACAAGAGAUUUAAAUGGUGGAUUAAUAUCACUUAAGGAGUUAAUUUCAAUAAUAAAUGAGUCGGAGAUAAAGAUAGAUGUGGAUAAAAAAGAUAUUGAAAAGUGUCUAGGCCAGUUGAAUAAAUUAGGUAAGGGAUUUGAAAUUCUAAAUAUAAAUGAUAAACUACUACUAAAGUUUACAUCAUUGGAUAAUCUAAGUAAUGACCAGAUUAAGAUUUAUGAAUUAUGUAAUUUUAUGGGUGGUGUUGUUACUUAUAAGCUACUAAGAGAUAAUUAUGAAUGGGAUAAUAUACGAUGUAAGACGGUAAUUGAUGAAAUGAUAAUGAAUGGGUUUUUAUGGAUUGAUCAACAAGGUGAUGCAAAUGAAUGGCAAUAUUGGGAACCAUCAUGGAUAUCACAUUAA